AGGAUGGUUUGAUACAAUGAAGGCCCUCGCUGCAGCUCUGCUUUUGGCCACGCUGCACUGUUCGUGGGCAGUGACUCCCACUGACUGCAAUGCUGUCAAGCCUGUGGCUGAGAAAGCUCUAGAUCUGAUCAAUAAAGGGCGACGGGAUGGCUACAUUUUCCAGUUGCUGCGGGUCGCUGAUGCCCACUUGGAUGGAGCGGAGUCUGCAACUGUGUAUUAUUUAGUCUUAGAUGUGAAAGAGACGGAUUGUUCAGUGCUAACCAGGAAACAUUGGGAAGACUGUGAGUCAACUGAUUCCAGACGUCCAGAUGGCUUCGUGAUUGGACAAUGUAAAGUAAUAGCUACCAGGUACUCCAAUGAAUUUCAGUUUCUUAAACUGAAUGACUUUAACUGCACCAUAAGUUCCGUCUCUUCAGCACUGGCCAACAGCAAAGAUAGUCCUGUACUGUUAGAUUUCAUCGAGGACACAGAGCCCUUCAAAAAACCAGCAGACAAAGCCCUGGAUGUGUACAAGAAAGAACAUGACGAUUUCGCCUCUUUUAGAGUAGACCGGAUAGAGAGAGCCAUAAGAGUGAAAGGAGGUGAAAGGACCAAUGUCUACGUGGACUUCUCCGUGAGGAACUGCUCUAGAUCUCACUUCCACAAGCACCCUGAUUUUGGAUUCUGCAAAGCAGAUCUGUCCUAUAGUGUAGGAGCCUCAGACUUGGAAAACCCAGAAAACAUCGUUAUAAACUGUGAAGUCUUUAACUUUGAGGAUCACAGAAACAUCAGUGGUUUUGAAUCCCGUCUGGGCCACCCUUUCCACUUUGGAGGUCACAAGCAUCCCCACAAACCACAUAAAUCUGAAUGCCCACCUUCCCAAGAAGGGAAAGACUUUUCAGAUGGACCACCGCUCCCAGGAGAAGCACGCUCUUCAGGGCCAAGAUGUCGUCAUCGGCCUUUUGGAGCCAAUGAAACCCAUAGGUUCCCUCAUCAUCGUAAUUUCAGUGAACACCAUUCCCAAAGACCUCCUCCCCAUGGUCAUCCCCACCAUAAACCCCCUCCCCACGGCCAUCCCCAUGGCCAUCCUCCCCAUGGGCCUCCUCCCCACGGCCAUCCUCCCCAUGGACCCCCUCCCCACGGCCAUCUUCCCCAUGGACCCCCUCCCCAUGGCCAUCCUCCCCAUGGACGCCCUCCCCACGGCCAUCCUCCCCAUGGACCCCCUCCCCACGGCCAUCCUCCCCAUGGGCCCCCUCCCCACGGCCAUCCUCCCCAUGGACCCCCUCCCCACGGUCAUGGUUUCCACGACCAUGGACCCUGUGACCCACCAUUACAAAGACAAGACCCCCAAGAUCCCCAUGAGCAUGGCCACGGCCCCCCACCUAAGCAUCCCGGAAAGAGGGGCCCAGGUAAAGGACACUUCCACGGGAGACCAUUUGGAAAUGUGUACCAGCUUCCUCCACUGCAGAAAGGUGAAGUCCUUCCUCUUCCAGAAGCCAAUUUUCCCAGCUUCUCUUUGCGAAAUCAUACCCAUCCUCUAAAGCCAGAGAUUCAACCCUUCCCUCAGUCUGCCUCGGAACUCUGCCCAGGGGAGUUCAAGAGUGAGUUUUCACAACUUUCUAGGUUUUUUGCAUCUACAGUUUCAAAAUAAAAUCUGAUUUCCUUGGUGUGAAAAAAAUGAAAUGAUGUUCUGUAUUAGAACCAUAAAUAAAACAUGAUAAUGA